UUGGCUCAGCCAUCACCUUUCCAUUUCAUUUAAAGGCAGCACAUGACAUAGUUCUCUAUAAGAUCUGCAAGUGAGGGGGAAAUAUACCUUAAAAGCAAGCUGCAAUGGAUUUGUUUCAGUUGCAAAGGCGGUUGGUUGACUAUAGAGCCUCACUCUAUCAUGAGGAUUUUCUGGAUGAACAAUUCUCCCAACUUCAAGACCUUCAAGAUGAGAAUAACCCAGAUUUUGUGGUUGAAGUGGUGACCCUUUUCUUUGAAGAUUCUGAAAGGCUUCUCAAUGAACUCGCUAAAGCUCUAGAGCAGCCAAUCAUAGAUUUCAAAAGGGUUGAUGCUCAUGUUCACCAGUUCAAAGGUAGUAGCUCCAGCAUUGGUGCUCAGAGAGUUCAGAAAGCCUGCAUUGCGUUCCGCAACUACUGCGAGGAGCAGAAUGUCGAAGGGUGUCUUAAAUGUCUGCAACAACUGAGGCAUGAGUAUUCUCUUGUGAAAACCAAGCUUGAAUCUAUGUUCCAGCUUGAACAACAGAUCUUGUCUGCUGGAGGUUCAAUUCCUAUGUAAUAGUCGGCUUCAAAGAGACAUAUAAAUCUGCAGAGAAAGAACAUGGGACCAAAUAUGAUAUUUUGGCAUUGUAGAAAAAUUUGUUUUCUUUAUCUUUUUUGUUUUUCAAUUAUUGUAUCAUAUCUCCAGUGUGUGAGCAAUGACAAAGAAUGUGAAUAAAACCCUUCCGUCUGUUUC